UCAGCCGCUGCAUGUCGACGAAGCGCUGCCCAUGGCCUCGUGAAGCGGCCCAACGAGGCCCUGGACGUUUGUCCAGAGCUCCCUUCGCGUCGCCCACUUGCACUCCACGGCACCAGCACCAGAGCCAUCCCCACCGUCGUUGCAGAUCUGGCAGACGGCCAGUCCAUCCAGUAUCUCGCUUUGGAGCGGACGGACAGGCCCCCAGUCACCAGAUGACGCAGACAAGAAGGACGACGUGCUGACCACGGAAGAGGGUGGCGGACCAGAGGACGGCGUCGCGGCGGACUCCUUGCCCACCAGCACGCCACCAGCAUCACCGUCAUGACCACUGCCCUGGCUGCCAGGGCGAGACGGCACGACGCUCAGACAGCGGAUGCACAACGGCAUGCGCAUGCCGGUCCGCUCGAGCGUCACAGAACAGGCCAGAUCUCCAUUAUGUAUCUCCUCAUCGGUCUCAUCAUUCCAGGCCGUCAGUAGCAACCGCGGUGCUUGACCGUGGGUGAGAGCGCUCACCCACCGAUCAACGACGUCCGUGAGACCACUGGCAGUGCGCCCGCCAUCCGCAUCAGCAGCGGCUGAGGGAAGGAUGACGGGGAUGGCAUCGAGAUACAGGCACGCGGAGAGGCUGAUGGCGACCUCCGGCGACCCAAGAGAUGGGAAGCAAUGAAGCACUCUCUGCUUGGCCGUCACGCCUUGCUGCUCCAGGCAGCUCGCCAGUUGGCGAGUCGCACUCAGCAAGUCCGCAAAGCUCAGCCGGGAACCCUCGUCGUCAGCCGGGGAACCGCCGUCCAGCCACACCAGAGCAUCCUCCUGGGGAGCGGCGGCCGCCCAGUGAUGCAAAACAGAACGCCAACUCGUCGCCAUUGAUAAUCAAUCGGAUGCUGAGAAGAAUGGAAAAGGGAUCUGAUCCGCGGAUGGAUGACCGGAUAUGUCCAGUGAUGGGGAGCGG